UACUAGUAAUUUUCUUGAUGCGAGACCGUACCUAAUUAAAAUCUGGGAAUUUUCUGUAUCUUCCUCAUCUCUUGUUGCAGCCUGCAGGCAGGCGGUGUAAUUAAGAGAGAGUAAUUAGUUAUGCAGGGUGCCAUUUUUGAUCUGAUUAACCUUCUUCUGCUCAUCAUCGCAGUUUCUUUAGUCGGAUCAUCAUCUUCUCUGCAGGUUGGAGAAACGUGUUCUGCUUUGAGCAAAUGCGAUGGAGGCUUGACCUGCUCUACCUGCCCUGCAAAUGGAAAUACCCGUAGCAGAUGCGUUCGCACUCAACCCAUCAGCCCUUUCUCUAAGGUGAAAGGGUUGCCAUUCAACAAGUAUUCAUGGCUCACAACUCAUAAUUCAUAUGCUCUGGAAGGGUCCACUUCAGCAACCGGGUCUGUUAUUCUUUCUCCAACCAAUCAAGAAGACAGUGUCACUGCUCAACUCAAGAAUGGGGUUCGAGGACUUAUGCUUGAUAUGUAUGACUUCAACAAUGACAUCUGGUUGUGCCAUUCCACUGGUGGGAAAUGCUACAACUUUACAGCUUUUCAACCUGCGAUUAACGUGCUGAAGGAAAUCAAAACAUUUCUUGAUCAAAACUCUGAAGUUGUCACUAUCUUCAUUGAGGACUACGUGAAAUCUAAAAGUGGCUUGACAAACAUUUUCAGCAGUUCUGGGCUUAGCAAGUACAUGUUUCCAGUGUCUCAAAUGCCCAAAAACGGGGAGGAUUGGCCUUCAGUGGAUGACAUGGUGACUAAGAAACAACAGUUGGUGGUCUUCACGUCUGAUAAAUCUAAGGAGAGCUCUGAGGGGAUUGCUUAUGAGUGGAGAUAUGUAGUGGAAAACCAAUAUGGAGAUGGUGGAAUGGUAGCUGGUUCAUGUCCAAGUCGGUCAGAAUCCUCUCCUAUGAACGAUGCAAAAAGAUCAUUAGUUCUGCAGAAUUAUUUUCCAACCAAUCCAAAUGACACAAACUCAUGUGUUGAUAAUUCUGCUGGACUACUCAGUAUGACCGAUACCUGUUAUAAAGCAGCUGGUCGGCGUUGGCCAAAUUUUAUUGCAGUCGAUUUUUACAGUAGGAGUGAUAGUGGCGGUGCACCGGAAGCUGUGGAUCGAGCAAACGGUCAGUUGGCUUGCAACUGUUCCAGCAUUGCAUAUUGCAAGAAAAGCGGUUCGUCCACAACAUGUGAAGCACCGAAGCUCUCCCCGCCGCCACCAGCCGCUUUACCACCAACGGAUUCAACAUUACCAGAUAUCAGCAGAACUAAUGAUUCUUCAGCGGGCCGACCCCUCCAGCAGCUUCACUGGUUGAUGGUUAUGAAGAUUUUAACCAUAUCAUUCUUACUUUGGUGGGUGUGAACUGCAUUGGGAAAUUUACACUUUUUUUUAAAAAAAUACCCAUGUUGAGUUUCUUCAAGGCAGAAAAUUGGCUAAUUGUUUUGCAGUAUUCACUUGUUAGUCUCAUUGCCAAUUUUUCAUGUUCUAAAACUCUGAACUCGGUGUGCAUUAUAGUUCCACUACUAUCUACUAAUGUAUGUCUGUAAUAUACUCAUUUUUUUCAACAAAAAAAUGUACUCUGAAUGUAAUCUCUCCGUUUGAAUUUAUAUUACAUGUUCAUUAUUCAUAGCGUCAAAUUUUAGUCAUUUUUUGUCCAUGGGUUUCAAACGUAUGCUUUACGAGAGAUACAAAAAGAGAUCAAGGCAAAAUAUAAUUUGCCUUAUUUU